ACUGCUGUCACUUAACUGUCACAAGUAAAAGUUGUAGCUAAGUUGUUCCAGUCUGCGAAUCGAACUUUGAUUAAAAAAACAAACGACCAGACGGAUACGUGUAUUAUUAUAUCGAUUUAACGAAUCAGUUCCAGAAUAUUACCGUGAUAUCUAUUAUCGACAUGUAAACUGCUUUACCAAAUAAUAAGACCUCUUGUCGGGGGUAAAAGGAAUUAAGCGAUUCAUUUUCUAACAAUUUGUAAGUGUCACCUACAUAAUGGCCGACAAGGACCAAGUGAUUCAAGCUUUGCGCGCGACACUUAUAUCGGUGAAAGGUGCACUUACUAUAAAACAGUGUAAUCGCGAUUACCGGGAGUUGCAAGGUGAAUGGAUACCUUUUAAGAAAUUGGGUUAUCCUACACUGGAAAAGCUUUUCCAAGAUGUUCCGGGUUUUAAAAUUUCCCAAAUUAAUGGCGAGUGGUAUGUCGACGCCAUUGCUAGUCAAGAAACUCAACACAUCGCUUCAAUGGUCGCCCGACAGAAGUCCACAAAGAAGACUAACGUGAAAUUAAGUUCGAAUCGUUUCCCGAAAAAACAAGGAUCGUGGAGAAAGCCAGCGUCGACGUCUAGUUAUCCAUCAAGUUACGACAAAGAUUAUUCAAAACAGUUUUACAGAUACAAAACCAAUACGUCAUUUAAUAGCAACCCGAACCCGAAGUUCCAGUCAAAUAAAUAUAAUAAAGUAAUCGAAACGAAAAAUCCGCCACCGCAGCAAGUAAAGCAACCCAUUAAGGUAGUGGAACAGCAAGAAAAGGUAGCGCCCAAUGUACCGAAGAGCUACAGCGCGGCGCCGCGCGACUCUCACACUGAUAAACUAAAUCAUUCCAAACGCAACGAGAAAGAGAGCGAGCCGCGAGCAGGUAAAAUGUCGGCGUCGCAGAGAUUGUUCAACUUGCGGGACCGCCUCAGCACCGUCGACCUCAUCCCGCUGCAGCUGCCCGCGCACAAUAAUUAUGUGGAGCCGCUUAAUACGAAGGAGAACAUGGACCCUGUGACGCAAGUGGUGCCGGCGCACAACCUGGAGCCGCCGCCGGAGUCCACCUCCUCGCAGGAGAAGCUGGAGUGGACGUGCAGGAAGCUCGGCCUGCCGCAGCCCGUCUACAACUUGUACGACUACAGGCCCAAAAAGGGCCCCGUCACCUACGAUUGCACUGUCAAAGUGGGCAGCACGUACAGCGUGUCGUCGUACCCGGACUCGUCGCCGUCGGAGCAGCUGGCGCGCGAGGUGGCGGCGGCGAAGGUGCUGGCGAUGGUGGAGGGCUCGGAGGUGCAGGGGCUGCCGACGGCGGGCGCGGCGCGCGCGCUGCAGGCGCUGGCCGACCUGGUGGCGGAGCACGAGGCCGGCCUCUGGGCCAGCAUCGUGCCCCACAUGUACAGGGAGAAAUAUAACGAAAAUUUACCAAAUAACUGGCAAGAGUUGGUGGAGAAUUGUCCGCGAAUACUAAAAGACAGAGUUGUCAAUGGACUCCUAGUUCUGUUGCCUAAUAACAAGGAGGCGGGCGCUGCGCGGCCGCCGCAGGCCUGCGCGCCGGCGCCCGAGGAGACCAUCGACAGCGACCUGCCGCCGCUGCAGUUCCCGGACCAGGACUUCUGGAACGUCUUCAUCACAGUCGCCAACUCCACGCUCGAAGUUUGGCUUCGUAUUAUUGGAAUCGAAUAUAGUAAUAUGUUGGACGCUAUGCUGAUAGAAAUGGCUAAAUACUACGAACAUUUCGGAACGUCGGUCGACAAGUCGAUGAUAAUAAAGAAUGCUUGGUAUGCCGUGAAUCUGUCGGACGGGGGCUGGCAGCGCGCCAAGGUGCUGGACUUGGAGAAGGACACCGCGACCGUGUUCCUCGGCGACCACGGGGACGACGACACCGUCAACAUAACCAAUAUCAAGAUACUCGAGCCCCAGUUUCGGAAACUGCCCGCGCAGGCGAUCCUGUGCCGGCUGGAGGGCGCGGAGGAGCCCGUGCUGCCCGCGCCCGGCAAGUGCUUCGACGUCUACAUCGCCAUGGCCGCCAACCCUUGGAACUUUAUAGUGCAGUCGAACACGAACCGGUACACUCUGCAAACGAUGAUGAUGGAGCUGCAGCGCGAGUGCCCCAAGCUGUCGGCGGACGACGCGCCCACCGCCCCUGCCAACGGCGAGCUCUUCACUGCAUACUACCCUAAGGACUCAUCCUGGUACAGAGUAACAAUAGCGGGCACGGUAUCGACUGAAACGGUGUCUAUAUACUUCUGUGACUUCGGCGACCUGGCGCUGUUCGCGAUGAAGGACCUGCGGCCUGUGCCCGCCUCCGUGCCGCUCGCGCGCUCGCUGCCCCCGCAGGCGAUAAAGGGCAAAUUGUUCGAUGUGCGCCCACUUUACCAAGACUGGACGGUAGAAGACUGCAUUAGGUUUCAAGAAUUGUGUGUGGAGCAGCAGUUUGUCGGCAUAUGCAAAGAAGUGGACAAGGAUCCUUUGAAUCCAAAAGAGCCUCUUCUCAUCCUGGACCUUAUCGACACAUCCACAGAUGAAGACAUAUACCUAAACAAACAGUUAGUUGCCGAGGGCAGAGCUAGACUUGCAUCCGAUUCCUAAUUAUUUAAAAACUUACAUAUAAGGACUUUGUUAUGUUUUAUUAUAUUUGUUUUGCAUUUUUUUAGUGAAAGCUGUCGUGUAUGUAGUUUGACAGCUCUCACUUAAAUUAUUCUAUGUUAUGAAACAUUUUAUGCAUCUAAUCUACUCUUGUAUAAUGUAGGUCUGCUUCUAUAUGGUAGUCUGUUUACAAUAGAAAUUAUUGUCUUUCAAUGUCGAUGUAAUCACAUUAGACAAUUUAUAUUCAACAUUCAUUAAACUGAGGCUGUUUACAUAAUACUCAACAUUAAUUCCAUAUUUAGUAUUCAGUAUGGUAUUUUUUAAGUGUAUAAUUUUUAAACAAUAAUCAGUGUUUACUUGAAGACAAGCGUAUAUAUGCAAAAAUUACCUGGACUCUUUUAUCAUCACCUAUAUAACUAGUAGUAUUCUAGAAAUACUUUGUAUAUAUAGAACUGAAAAUACAAUCAUAUAGAUAUUGUUUAUCAUACAUAGCAAUGACACUGCAUGCUCAUGUAAAAUGUUGAUAAAAAUGCUAAACUUCAAUGUCUUGAUUUAACUUAAAACAACAAAAAAGUUUAAAGAAAUUGACAUUUUGCAAAAUCUAGUACAGUAAAGAAUGAAUUUUUGUAUGCGAUACACACACACCAGAAGACACAUUCUAGAUAUUACACACUGCUCUUAGCAGACAUCAUGAUGAUAUAACAAGGUUUUGACAUUUACCUAAAAAGAAUGCUUGUCACACACCCAUCCCAAUUAUAUAGAAUGCCUAUUAUAUACAAGUUUUUCCACAAGUGUUUAUUCUAUUUGUAAGUUCAGUUCUUCAGCAUGCUCAUUUACUCAGUAUUAAAAAUAUAUUAGAUUAUCAGUGUCAGGGUUUAUUUGCAUUUUACACAGUAAUCCACUCUUUGUCAUACCUGCCUAAAUGGCACUUUAUAAACUUUAAUGAUUUGCUAGCAGCUAUUAUCAUAUUAUAUACAAAAUAAUCCACUUGUGUGCACAUGCCAAUAAACAUAUUAUCUGAAUCUUAAA